GUAAGUUGUGCCCCGCGUCGUUCGCAAAGUGGUCGCUUCGCAGCGAUUUCGUGCGGAUUCCGUGUUUGCAACGCAGUUUUUCUUUUUUGCUCUAUCACUGUACAACUAAAAGCAAAGCUUCUUCGCGCAGCGGCUUCGAAGUUGCGCAUGUUGGCCUUUCGCCGAAACACCGUGAUUGAGGUCAUGCGCAGAGUCAAGCAAAUCAUCGCCGUCGCCGUCGUCGCAAUCAAGUGAUCGCAGUGUCAAACUCAGUGAUCAGUGAUCCAGUGGGAGUGUGGAGCCGGAGAAAGUUCAUCAACGCGAGCGGUGGCUUUGAACCGAAAUUAGUGUCCCGCCCAGCCCAUUCUCUGGGGUCGGUGAAACCUUUUUCGUUUGGCGACCCAUAAACAUUACACGACCGCCACCAGAAUGGAUUAACAGAGUGUCCUCCGGGGGAAUCUCAGCGAGUGGCGUUUAGUUUUUGGGACCUUCCCCAACAGCAACAACAAGUGCAACGACAGCCCCAGGGUCUAAGCAUUCCUUAGCGCAGCGCGCUUCCUGGUGACGUCAGUUACGGUCAUCGAUCCUCGGCGUAUCGCCCGGUGCAGCGUAACGUUCACUCCACGGUGCAUCCAGCCACUGCAAGAUGAAAGACGUCGAGUUUCAAGACAUCGAGUAUGCGGUCAACGUACGCAAAAGUUUCCUGAGUGAAAGCCACAAACGAACGAUACUGAAGGGUGUCAGUGGCGUUUUCCGGCAUGGACAAUUAACGGCCAUCAUGGGACCCUCCGGGGCAGGCAAGAGCAGCUUGCUGAACGCAAUUUCUGGCUACCGCAAAUCCGGCGUGCAGGGCACGGUGCACAUGAACAAGAAGGCUUCGUGCUACAUCACGCAGGAGGAUCACCACCAGCCGAUGCUGACGGUCGAGGAGCUGAUGCGGAUCGCGUGCCGGUUGAAGAUAAAGGAGCAGACCGACGGUCAGUCGGAGACGAUCGCCGAGGUACUGGCGAACCUGAACCUGAACCACCGGCGGAACGUGACGGCCGAGCGGCUGAGCGGUGGCGAACGGAAGCGACUCUCGAUCGCACUGGAGAUGGUAGCGAACCCGUCGGUCUUCUUCCUGGACGAACCGACCAGUGGGCUGGACGAGGUGACGGCGGCCAACUGUGUCCGGAUGCUGCGGGAUUUGGCCCGCCAGGAGCGUACGGUCGUGUGCACGAUCCACCAGCCGUCGGCCAGCAUCUUCGCGCUGUUCGAUCACAUCUACGUGAUCGCCCGGGGACAGUGCGUGUACCAGGGCAAUCCGAAGGCUCUCGUGCCCUUCCUGGCCCACAUGAACAUCGAGUGCCCGAGGCACUACAAUCCGGCAGACUUUAUAAUCGAAAUCUGUGAUAGUGACACCCAGGAGAUCAUUCCGACGCUGGCGGACGCAAUGCAGAACGGGAAGUCGAUCUGCUGUGAACAGCAACAACAGCUACCCAGCGCUCCCGGGUCCGGGUCCGGCCCGGCCUCGAUCUCUUCGCACACCGAACCAUCAUCGCUGGAACCGGUCGGUGAGUUUGUGCUGAAACCGACCGUCACCUCGAUGAUCCUGGAUCCGCGGCAGGGACCGCACGUCAGCACGCUGGUGCAGAAGAUGAAACAGAUCACGCGCUUCUUCCACAACCGCCACGCCGUGUCCGGGUUCGUCCAGUUCUGGGUGCUGUUCCGGUUGAUGUGGACGAAGAUCAUCCGCAACCGGACGGUGCUGUGGAUUCAGCUGAUCCACCACAUCGCCUGCGGCAUCUUCAUCGGUCUCAUCUUCCUCAACGCUGCCAACGACGGAGCCCGAAUGUUUGAUCAUCUGAAGUUUUGCCUCGGUGUGUGCUUCUUCUUCUGCUACACGCAGAUCAUGGUCCCGAUUCUGAGCUAUCCCCGCGAGGUGAAGCUGGUGAAAAAGGAGUGCUUCAACCGCUGGUACGGCCUCUUCCCGUACUAUCUUGCCCUGACGCUGUCCCGGCUGCCGGUGCAGCUUCUGCUCAACAUUGUGUUCACCGUGCUCGUCUACUGGCUGUCCGGUUUGCCACCGGAGUUCUACCGGUACUGCCUGUUUGCGCUCGUCGGCAUCAUCGUGUCGCUGUGUGCCGAAGGAUUCGGUCUCAUGAUUGGCGCCACUUUCAACGUUAUGAACGGGUCCGCCAUCGGUCCGCUAACGAUUGCACCGUUCCUGGGGCUGGCCAUCUACGGGUUCGACUUUGCACCGCAGAUCCCGCUCUUUAUGCAAUGGCUGAUGCGUGUUUCCUUCAUCCGGGGUGGGGUCGUGUCGGUGGUGUUGGUCGUGUUCGGAUAUAACCGGGCCCGGCUGGACUGUAACGAGAUGUACUGCCACUUUGACGACCCGAAAGUGCUGCUGCACUAUGUGCGCAUCGACAACACGACGCUCCUGUUCGAGCUGGGCAUUCUCGUCUCGAUGACCCUGUUCUACCGAUUGGUGUGCUAUCUCAGCCUACGGCGAAGGUUCUACAAGUGACGGGACUGUGGCGUGGCGAGCCCCGUGGCUAAUCAUCCGUGUGAUCCCCGCGCUCGAUGCUGCGUAUCGGGCGAGGUACUUCCUUUCUACGGGCUUUCUUUUUGGCUUUUUUUCGAUAAAAUUUGAAGACGGGCAAACAGAACCAAUCAAUCUGUAAGACUUGACUAUCAGUUCCGUAGGCGGUAGGACGAGGUGUAUAGAUGUUUUCGGUUAGGCUAGGCUUAAGGAAGGCGCAAGGGAACUCUUUUGGGUGGAAUCCAAAGUAUGGCCAAUGCAGUUUACCUCCAAUGUCCACCCUUUCAAUCCGGUGAACAGUGAAUAGCUUUCUGUAGGUAUGUUUGUACACAUUCCCUAGUUUUUAGUACAGGAAAGAGGAUUGCUGGUUUUUUUUUACGAACGAAACGAAAGAGAGCAUUGUCCAGGACACCGCGUAGGAAAUGUUCCCUACGCUCAUGAUAUUUUGUGUACCCUUUCGUGUUUGGCUCACUCUAUUAGUGUUAGAACUCGGCAACAAAUGUAUUGUUUUGGAACGGAAUAGCGAAUAGUGAUAACUAUAUUUUUUAUAGCGAAAAAAUAUGAAACAAACCGUGUACUUAUGAAAAACAAAUCUCAAAAUUAAUAA